UAUAUAUAGCCAACACCUCAGAGACCCUACUCACUACACUACAGAGAUGGAAGGAACACGCCUGAUCUGGCUACUUACCCUGUUUGCAGCUUCAGCUCUGUCUGGGAAAGUCCCAGUACAGGACGAAUGUGCCCAGGGCCCAGAGUUCUGGUGUCAGGACUUAAUGACAGCCGUUCAAUGUGGAGCAGUGGAUCACUGCAAGCAAACUGCCUGGUUAGAAACAGAUGUGCUGUGUGUGCAGUGUAAACAGAUUGUGAACAUCUUGCUGGACAUGGUGAAGGCAUCACCCAUCCAGGACACCAUAAAGAAAUUUUUGCACAAGCAGUGUGCCCAUCUCCCUGUGGUUCCUCUCAUUGCUCAGUGUAACUUGCUGGUGGAUCAGUAUGAGACUAUGAUGGUCAACGUCUUGGAAAAACAAGUGAACCCUGACGCUCUGUGUUCCACCCUGAAACUUUGCCACUCUGACCAAGCAGAAUUCUGGAAUAAUGAAUUUCUACCAGAAAUGAUCCUGGAGAAAAUAUUCCCUUUAAUUCAGGAGCAUUGGCACAACGCACAUGUAAAAGCAACUCAAGGGCAGAGAGAGAGUGGGGAUCUGCCAAUCCCAAAGCCCAUGUGUUGGAUGUGCAAGACAUUUCUCGGCCGAUUAGAGGCAGUCAUCCCAAAGGCGGCCAUUGCCAAAGCAGCCUCUCAGCUGUGCCUGGCCCUUCCAGCAAAAGUAGCAGGAGUCUGCCAGUGUUUAGUGGAGAAAUACACGGUUAUUUUACUGGAUAUUGUGCUGGAGAAGCUGGGGCCACAGCUGCUGUGCAAACUGCUGUUAAUGUGUGCCACAGAUGAGAACUGCGAGGCAGAUCUACCUGUGAUCCCAGUUCUGGAUGUUGAUUUUACCUGUGACACAUGCCUGGCUGUUACCUCUCUAAUCAAACCCACCAUAAGCCAAAACAUGACCCAAGCAGAGGUAGAGGCUGCAGUUAUGAAAGCCCAUACAGAACCUGGCAUGGCAUGGAAAGAGAUCCAGACUUUCCUUAAGAACCAUCACACAGAAUUGUCUCUCCUCCUGCACAAGCAGUGGGACCAGAGGAAGACUUGCCAGGCAUUGGGGGCUUGCCCUGCUCCUGCAGCCCCACAGAAUUCUGGAUGUGCCGUGGGACCUUCGUAUUGGUGUCAGAACCAGGAAACAGCUAAAGAGUGUGGAGCCGUCAGUCACUGCCUGACCCAUGUUUGGCUCUGAAGUUUUCUUCUGAAUUUCUGUUCCCUAACCCACAGCCCCUGUCUUCUAGCUACUGAGCUUUGUUUUACAUCAAUAAAUAUAUGUUCUCAUUA